GGCGUAGCUCCGUGCAGCUGCGUAGGAAACAAACACAAAACACCACUUUAACCGGAGAGCCCGGAGGUGUCUCUUAUAUAAACAAAAACUUUAAAUAACUCGUAAAAAAUGCACUCGGUCACGCUGGACAGCAGCGGUUCGCCCAAAAAGCGGUCGUUUUCUCGGGGAGUGAGCGAGGACGAGUCUCUGCGCAGCAUUAUCAAAGAGACUGACAGCUCAUCCAGACGUGUGACACGAAGCGACAGCCGAGCGGGUACCCUGAAGAGGAGGAGUGACAGCCAGCAGUCUGACCAGGACAUCUUCAUGGGACUACCAGAAAUGCUUGAGCUGCAGGCCAGCUAUGAAGAGGCGGUGCAGGAGCUGCGUGGGCUGGAGGUCGAGCGAGAGGCUCUGUUGUUCCAGGUGGAUGUCCUGCAGGACACACUGGAGGGUGUAGAAGAGCUGCUGGCUGAAGCCCAGAGGGAGGCUGGACAGGCUAGUUUGGAACUGGAACGAGAGAAGGAGGCCAAGAGGAAACUGGAGAGCAUGGUGCAUUCUUUGAUGCAAGAAGUGGAAAGAUUAAAAGAGGAAAGGAAUAACCAGCUACCUGGUCCAGGAAGCGAGAUGGAUAAAACAACAAACCACGGACACCAAGUAAGAAAGGAUGCCCAUGAAGUGCUUACAGUUGAGAGCUCCUCCACAUCGCAUGAGUCUCACAGCAGCGACAGCAGCAAGGGAGUACUGGCAACUACAAUGGAAAGAGGACAGAAUGAGGGCACAGAGGAGAAGCAGUGGAGAAUGGUAAAUAAGCUCAUGGGUCACCAGCCUUCUCUUGCGCUGAACAACCUGGUCUCUGAGGAAGGGGUUCUCCGGCGGUCUUAUGAAAAUGGGGCAGCAGAGGGACGAGACGCCUCCCCGGACAGAAACGACUCAGACAGCAUAAGUGCCUAUGAGGAUGCAUCCGCCGACACUCCAGAGCAGCACAGGAUCUUUCCAGGUGACGGAGACACUUUGGAGCUGCCUCACGAUUCAGAGAAUUCAGAGAAAAACCUGAGUAAUAAUGGUCAGCCUCUCAACAGUGAGACACAAGGCCCUAAAAACAAUGAAAGCUGUGUUGUGUCUUAAAUCUAGGUUUUAUCUACUGCAAAGUCAGAUAUAAUUUUGUGAUGAAAGCCAACAGCAUUUUGAUUUGCAGUUUGAUAUUUCUGUUAGAAAAAUCAGUUGUGAUUAGAUGUUGCUCGUCAAUAGUUUGAGAUUUUAUAACAAAAUAAUUAAUAGAGUAACUGUGGAAAUAAUUGGCUGCUUACUCUAUAAUGAAAAUAUUGGUUAGGUAUGGCCCUAGUUGUAAUGCACUGUAGUAGAAAGUACAUUUUAAAAAAUAAUGAUGAGUGAUCUCAGGUUUACUCUGGUUUACUAGCUGAAAUUCAACUACUUUAUAUUAUUUGCUAAUCAUUUUUAUUUAAGUCUGUCUUAAUUGUUUGUUAAGCACAUAGCUAAACAUGUUGCUUUGACUGUUUACCUUUUUGAGCAUAUUUUAAGAAGGAUGUUUUGGACACGAGCAGCAGUCAGGACUGAGGUCAGGAUUUGUCUGUGUCAGUAAGAAUUUGGACAGCAGCUGUUUUAGUCUUAAGAACUCAUUUCAAACACAAAGGUUUCUUUUUCACUUAAAUCUGAUCCUGACGUAUUUGAUCUGCCUGUCCUGCAGGUUUGUCAUGUUCACUGGGAAUCAGUCUGGUGAUUUCAAGUAGGGAUCUUUUUCUUUUCCACAUAAAAUAUCUUUUAUGUGGCCUGUUUUGUAGUGUUUCGUCUAAAAAAGGAAAAAAAAACAAGAAUUUUAUUUGGCUGUAUUUGCACUUUUUUAAAGUUAUUGUAUUGUUGCAUUCAUUUGUCAGAUUACAAUAAUUCCAACAUUCCCUUUUUAACCAAAUGAAAUGAAAUGGCUGACCUGCUGCAGGCUGGAUUUUUGUCUGCCUGCAGGGACAUUUGCACAUUUGCAGUGGAACCUGCUGAACUUUGCCUCUUCAGAUGUCUUUGAUUGCUGUAAAACACUUUGUAUGUAAAAUUUUUAAUGCCUUUUUACUUUUUACAUAUUACUUUUUUUAAUGUGCUAGAUGCAAAAGUAGACCCCUCACGUCAUUUGUAAUCAACAACUUGCAUGAGCAUCUAUGAUUGUAUACCAAUUUCCAAAAUGCACAUAAGUCUAUCUGUGUCAUUUAUGAGUAUCUUUGCACGCAGUACUAUCAAACACAAGUAACAGAUAAUACUUGGUGUUAUUUGCUGUGACAAAUACUUUUUGAAGAGAUUUUCAGUGUAAGUUUCCUUUGCAGAGCAUGUAUGAUUCUUUUAUUCCCAAGUUUUCAAAGUAGAUUUUUAACACAGAUGACAAAUAAUUGCAGGUUUGAACACAUCAAGCUAGAUUUAAAUGAUUAAAAAGCAUAUAUGGAUAGUUAAAUCUCUUAUGGAAGACUGAAGCAGGACAAUAAAUCUGUGUAGAAGUUGCUGCAUUAAGAUCUGGAUCAUUUUGUUUGAUGCCGGCUGUUAAUUUUGUACACUAACUUGUUUUGCUAGUUCUUUAUAAUCCGUUGCCAAAAUGCACACCAUCAGACAGCUGAUGGCAUGGUUUUUCAGUUCAUUUCAGAUUUUUUUAUACAGCGCCAAAUAAGAACAGCAGUCGCGUCAAUGUGCCGUUUUCCCUCCAUAAAAGGUAUUUAAAGGAGGUUACUGUUAUAUUAGUGCUGUGGUCAGUUCUUGAACAAUCAGGUCAUAUCAGAUGAACUAUAACACCAACAUCCAUAGAUGCUGGACAGUUAAUAUUUAAGUAAGAUCUUUUAAACAUUACUGUGCGGUAUGAUCAGCCUUUGACCAAACCAAAUAGUUUUUGUCAUUCAUUUCACACAACAGUACAGAAAAAAUGUCCUUACUCUAAUGUAUGAUGCCUUUUUUUGUUCUAAAUAUUUUCAACUCUGUUCUCGCCUUUGAAUUAGAUGUUCAGAUGUAAACAUUAAUGCCAUACAUUUAUAUCAUAAUAAAA